GGGAGCAUUGCGGCUAUGGCAGAACCGCAGCCCGCAGCCGGCUUUACCCACGAGGCUGCCCUCAGUUGCUGCUCCGAUGCGGACCCCAGCACCAAGGAUUUUCUAUUGCAGCAGACCAUGCUACGAAUUAAAGACCCUAAGAAGUCAUUAGAUUUUUAUACAAGAAUUCUUGGAAUGACGCUACUUCAAAAAUUAGAUUUUCCCACUAUGAAAUUUUCACUCUAUUUCUUGGCUUAUGAGGAUAAAAAUGACAUCCCCAAAGAUAAAGAUGAAAAAACAGCAUGGGUAUUCUCCAGAAAAGCUACACUUGAGCUGACACACAAUUGGGGUACUGAAGAUGAUGCAACUCAGAAUUACCACAAUGGCAAUUCAGACCCUCGAGGAUUUGGUCACAUUGGAAUUGCUGUUCCUGAUUUACAUGGUGCUUGUAAAAGAUUUGAAGAACUGGGAAUCAAAUUUGUAAAGAAACCUGAUGAUGGUAAAAUGAAAGGCCUGGCAUUUAUUCAAGAUCCUGAUGGCUACUGGAUUGAAAUUUUGAAUCCUAACACAAUGAUAACUAUUAUUUAGUUCUAUGAGACUACGUCUUUGUGAUUUCAAUGAAGACAUUGUAGAGGACAAAAAGGAAACAAUGUGGUUCAAGGUAGUUAUGUAACAAAAGCAUUGAGGACUAAUGGAUCAUUGUCCUAGUUCAAAUUAUUCUUAAAUUCAUUUCCUUUUCCUACUUCACCUAACUGUUCAGUAAUUCUGGUUUUAAAAUAGUGCUUUUAUCUUAUGCCCUUGAAUGUAAUUCUGUAACUUUACUUUUGAAGUAAUAAUUAGAACAGUUCCCUUCAGACACUGCAUUGGCCUUCAUCUGUCUUCUAAAU